AUGGCUGCCUUACUGAUGCCACGGAGGAACAAAGGGAUGAGGACUCGACUGGGAUGCCUGUCUCACAAAUCAGAUUCAUGUAGUGAUUUCACAGCUAUUCUUCCUGACAAACCCAACCGCGCUCUCAAGAGACUAUCCACAGAAGAAGCUACGAGAUGGGCAGAUUCCUUUGAUGUACUUCUCUCCCAUAAGUAUGGGGUGGCCGCGUUCCGUGCCUUCUUGAAGACGGAGUUUAGCGAGGAGAACCUGGAGUUCUGGUUGGCCUGUGAGGAGUUCAAGAAGACCAGGUCAACUGCAAAACUGGUCUCCAAGGCCCAUAGGAUCUUUGAGGAGUUUGUGGAUGUGCAGGCUCCCCGGGAGGUAAACAUCGACUUCCAGACCCGAGAAGCCACGAGGAAGAACAUGCAGGAGCCAUCCCUGACUUGCUUUGACCAAGCCCAGGGAAAAGUACACAGCCUCAUGGAGAAAGACUCUUACCCCAGGUUCCUGAGGUCCAAAAUGUACUUGGAUUUGCUGUCCCAAAGCCAGAGGAGGCUCAGUUAGGCUUCAGAUGGGGA